CUGAAGUCACCUCAAGGAAUGGGUCCUGACUCGGCCACGCCCAAGAUCUCAUGCACCCGCCCUGGAGUGGAGGACCCGACCUAUUUAGUCUUGAGGGAGAGGAGAAACAGCCCUCCAUUAUGUCAGACUGAUGGUCCUCUUGGCGUUAUCCAACAAGAGUCACCGGUCAACCAUGAGGAACCACACGCCAGUGACUGACUUCAUCCUCCUGGGGUUCACGGACGACCCAGAUUUACAGGCGGUGAUUCUCCUCUACAUGUCUAUCAAUUAUGUACUGAGUGUCACUGGCAACAUGACCAUCGUCAUCCUCACCCUGUUGGAGUCCCGCCUCCGCACCCCCAUGUACUUCUUCCUGCGCUGCUUCUCCUUCCUGGAGAUCUGCUUCACGUCCACCUGCAUUCCCAGAUUCCUGGCCACCAUCAUCACAGGGGACAGGACCAUUUCCUACAACUGUUGCAUAACCCAGCUAUUCUUCUUUAUCCUGCUGGGGGCAACCGAAUUCUUCCUCCUGGCCGCCAUGUCUUAUGACCGCUAUGUCGCCAUUUGCUGGCCACUGCACUACACAACUGUCAUGAGCCAGAGAGUAUGUAUUCUGUUGGUCCUUUGCUCCUGUCUGACCGGAUUCCUAGUCAUCUUUCCUCCGGUCAUCCUGGGUCUCCAACUGGACUUCUGUGGCUCCGUAGCCAUUGACCACUUCUUCUGUUAUGUCUCCCCUCUGCUCCUGCUCUCAUGCUCGGACACCUGGUUCCUGGAGCUGAUGGCUCUUGUCUUGGCCGUGGGGACUCUCCUGCUUACCCUGGCAUUAGUGACCACGUCCUACAUGGCCAUCGUCUGUGCCAUCCUGAGACUGCCCUCCACACAGCAGAGGAGAAAGGCCUUUUCCACCUGCUCCUCCCAUAUAGUCGUGGUCUCCAUCACCUACGGCAGCUGCAUCUUUAUGUAUAUCAAGCUAACUGCCAAGGAAAGGGUGGAACUGACCAAGGGGGUGGCGGUUCUCUACACAUCCGUGGCCCCCAUGCUGAACCCCUUCAUCUACACCCUGCGGAACCAGCAGGUCAAGCAGGCCUUCUGGGGCAUAGUGCACCAGGUUGGAUUUCCCUCCAGGAGGUGA